AAAACGUAAUCUGAAGCAAAAUUCAACUACUUCUUAGACCUUUUCAGAGUGGAAAAAAUGGAGAAAACAGUAAUUUUGUUGCAGUGUUAUAACAGAGGAUGUGGUCAAAAAUUCGACCCCAAUGACAACAAAAAAGAUUCUUGUCGUCAUCACCCAGGGGAUCCAUUUUUUCACGAUGCUUAUAAAGGCUGGUCAUGUUGCAACAAGAAAUGUACAGAUUUUACGGAGUUCUUGAAUAUUAAAGGCUGUACGGUUUCCUUCCAUUCAAAUGUUAAACCUCCAGAGCCUGAAAAAGCAAAAACUGUGGAAGUAGAUGUAAAUGAAGUUAUUGAAGUUAAACCAAUUGUACCGAACUUGCUCCCACGACCACCUUUUGAUACUCCUAUGGCCGAAAUGAAGCCAGAUAUAGCCCCCUCUCUGAAGCAACAAGUAUUCAAUAAGAAAGCUGAAGAAAAGGGCACUUCUGAUACAAUUGCUGUUGGAACAGCAUGCAAAAAUGGGGGAUGCAAACAUACAUAUCUAGGACCUCAAAGCAAUGAUUCAAAUUGCAUUUACCAUCCAGGUUAUCCUGUGUUUCAUGAAGGUUUGAAAUUUUGGUCAUGUUGUAAAAAGAGAACAACUGAUUUUCAGUCCUUCUUGGAUCAGGUCGGCUGCGAGGAAGGAAACCAUUUGUGGAAAAAAGAGGUUAGCGAUAAAAGUAAAGUGAAUUGCCGUUGGGAUUAUCAUCAAACUGCUUCCCAUGUUAUAGUAACAAUUUAUGCUAAACAAUAUGAUGUAGAAAAGAGCAUAGUUCAAUUAAAUCCAAUUAGGUUGAAUGCUAAUUUGGUAUUUCCAGAGGACAAUACCAGUUUUCUCCUUGAUAUUGAACUCAAAGGGAUAAUUGACAUAGAGAAGUCUAAAUUAACAAUGUAUGGUACAAAAGUGGAGGUUAGUUUGAAAAAAGCUGAGCCUGGAAGUUGGCCAAGGUUGGAAGUACCUAGAUCAACUCAAUGUGAUCCUGAAAUAGAUGGGGAUACUGACAAAGAUAUAACUCCUAUGGUUGAAGCAGUUGACCUUUCCGAUUUAUGAUUUGGAUAUCGAUAUAUGAACUUGAUUCUAUCGAAUUGUUUUAUAAAAACGUCUUUGUGAGAUAAAAUAAAUGAAGGAUUUGCUUCAUUUUA